UUGUUUAUUGGAGUUUUCGUGCCCUUUUUCAGCACAUUAAGAGGGUUCGUCGCUGACUCGGUUGAUUAUCUCAACUACUACGUGACGUCACUCAUUCUUGCUUUUUUCGCGUUAGCGAUCUCGGCAAAGCAGUAUUUCGGAUCACCAAUACAGUGCUGGGUUCCCAGUGAAUUCAGAGGAGGAUGGGAGAAGUAUGCUGAAGACUACUGCUUUAUUGCGAAUUCGUACUAUGUGCCAUUUAAUGAGGAAAUUCCAUCAGAUAUUGAUCAUCGUAGAGAUCAUAUCAGCUACUAUCGAUGGGUCCCUAUAAUGUUGGCUCUACAGGCUGUCAUGUUCUUUAUCCCUAAUUGGAUAUGGAACAUGUUGCAUAAGCAGACAGGUGCGUACUUUUUGAAGAUACUUCAGGGGUAUACAGCGCCUCGAUCAGGCUGUAAUGCAACUUUGUUGUACCUGCUUACAAAGGCUGCUUACGUGGUUAACAUCUGCUUACAGAUAAUUAUAUUAAACCAUUUCUUAGGAGAAAACUAUCUGCAAUGGGGUUACGAGGUGAGUGGAAAGAAACAUCCAUUUUUCCGCAUUCGUCGACUGGCGAACCUUCAAAGGCACACUGUCCAAUGUGUUAUAAUGAUGAAUAUGAUAAACGAGAAGUUAUAUCUCUUCUUAUAUUUUUGGUUGGUAUUCAUUUUAGAAUUAUUGUUUCUGCGUAGUUCCAUCUGGCAGUUUUUUGGCAUAACAUUGCAUUUUAUGCAGGAGUGCCUCCAUCCAGACGGUGUGCUAUUGUUGCUGUUCGUUCGUGAACACGCUGGCGGUCGGAUUGCAUUUGAUUUAAUCAGUAAAGUGUAUGCCAUAUUUUGCGAAAAUGAUGUGAGUGUUUUUCCAAGUUUUCUUUAA